AUGCGCUUUGUGAGCAAAUUCUACAUCCUCGUCGCCUUGGCAGGAUGCAGCAUCUUGUUCUCUGUCCGGCUGCUGUGGAUGUCCAGCGACUACAUGCCAAUUUCUCCGGGCCAUGAUCCCGCGUUUCAGGUCACCGAGAAGAGGUUGGUUGUCUUUGGCGAUUCGUGGAGCGACAGUGCUUCCCGUGAUGAAGAACAAGGCCCACUGUGGACGGAAUGGCUCUGUUCAAUGACCGCGUCAGUCUUCCAAGGCGCGUAUGCUGGUGCAGUGAUCGAUAACGCAGAAUUGCAAUCUUUCGAGUCAGGACUGUCGUGGCUGCGACGUCCGUUGCCCGACCUCCGAUCUCAGAUCGAUCAGUGGUCCGCCGCCGAACAGGACUUUUUACGAAAAGAAGGCCUGUCUGGUGAAGCCAUCCAGGAACGACAGAGUAAUACAAUCUUCGCUGUGUCCUUCAUGGUUUGGGAUUUGUGGAAAUUCGUAGGAGAGGACUACAACCUGGCGUCGCAAUCCAUCAGUCACAGUAUCGAUUCCCUAUUCGAGCAGCUAACCAUCCUCUCGGAGAGAUGGGCGUCGAAUGACUCCAAAAUCAUCCUGAUGAUGGCAGUUGACGUGACCUUCCUUCCUGCAUUUCCCCAAUCUCUGGAGGAGCAGAAGAAUAUGGUCUCCCUCGUUAGCAGCUGGAACAACGUACUGCGCGGAAAAGCCAAAGAAUGGGAUCACGGAUCUAUCUACCUCUUCGACACAAAUCACUUUAUGCUGGAUCAGAUCCGCGAGUGGCAAUUUUUCGCCGCCGGGAUGAUUGAUGCCAACGAGCUGGGAAAGAAUGAAGACCCGGGCUGGGUGGAUGUCGCACAUGCCUGUGUCCAGACCCGCAAGAAGGGGCUGUUCUCGAGUGAAACGCCGUGUGAAAAUCCCGAGAAAUACCUCUUCUGGUAA